GGGCCAGGAAUAUCCUCUGACUCCUGACUGCAGGCAAAACUUAUGAAACCUCGAAAUACUAUUCACUCUGCCUCAAUUGCCUUAUUUAUAAAUUGGGAUAAUAUAAUACCUAUCUUUUGGGAAAAAAAGAAAAGAUUUUUUCAAAUAGUGCAUCGCACCUCUGUUGGUGAUAAAGCAAAGAAGACAGAGUGAAGCAUCAUUGGUCCCUGGCUUUUGGAGUAACUUAGGGAAGUGGGAAGAGUGCAUCCUGGCAUACACACACUUCAUCCUGCCUGUCAGCUGACUUGUAUCUUGUUGCUGCUGAGGUAGGCCCCAUCUGUUCAAGCCCAUGUUGAGCCAGGUGGUAAGAGCAGUACUGAUUGUUUUAUGCUUAGGCUGCCCAUAUGCCUCCAUGCAAACUGUAGUUCAAGAGCUGUAGAACUAUUUGCAUUUGCAAUCUAUCAGAUGCCUUUGAACAAAACUAGUGCCAAUAAGGCUAUUUGAAAAAUGCUUAAUAUUUGCCAAAAGAGUGUAGAACGUGUGGCCACCAACCAGAUUAUUAAGAAAUCUUGCAUUUUCAGAAAAGCUCCAUUUUCCAGGGAGAGGUGCAAGUGAAGAAACCCUGUAAAACACUGGAGAUGACCCUGAUCACCCUUCGUUCUUGGAAAACUCCAUUCAGCUGCAAAAAUAGAGGCUAAAACCCAAAGCCACUGACAUUUGAUUUGAGGCUAGAGUAUUCUUAAGUCACCCUAGCUCAGGGGUUGUAACCCUGGUGGAUUUGUUUCUAUCUGGGCAAUAUCUAGUGUGGGCUGUCCGUACUGCACGAGCAUUUCUUGGGGGAACGAGAUAAUGCUUUAAAAUGAGCAGCGUAUUUGAAGCAUGAAGUGAGCCUGGGGGCACGUCCCAGCAUCUUUAGAGUAGAACAGGGUGUACACCGGGCCAUGGUUUUCAGUUGGGUGAAGGCAGGGGAAGGAUUGAUGUUUCUGGAUGGGUCUCAGGGCUGUUUUCACACUUGAAGGGAACUCUGUUGGCCCUGCCUUUCACAGGGUGUGUGUUUGUUGGUGGAGGAGACCCGCCCCACCAAGGUCUUUCCUCUGCGCUGGCCAGCCCUGCUGUCCCUAAUGUGAUGACCUUGGGGGCCUCCAAGCUUGGGAGCUUUCAGAGUCGCCUGGGAGCGGGGCCUGAUAGCGGCGCCUUCCUCACGCGCUCCAUCUUCAGCCUGUCCUUCCCUCCAGCUUCCUUUCUGACGUUAGUAGAAGGUUGGGACUUGGGGCGAGAGAGCAGCCCUGGACUUCAAGGACCGAUGAACUUGGAGGCCCCACCCCUCGGUUCAGAGCUAGCCCAACUCGGAGAACUCAAGAGUCAGCCUCUAGAGUAAAGCUCUUUGAGUUAAUAUAUGUUUAAAAAAAAAGGGCAAACCCAUCCUAAAUGUCAGUCCAAUAUCCACGGGGGCGUGAGACAGCAGGUAAUUAGAAGCAAUUAGCUGUCCCCCUGCCGGGAAGCCGGGCAAUUACCUUUUCUCUCUUCCUCUUCUGUCCGUCCUUCUCUGUGGAAGCGGUAGAAAGGCUUUGCUCCCCGAGCAGCAGUGUACGCUGAGCUGGCGCGGGAAUGAGGAACGGACUGAGCAGGCAUCAGCUCUGCUCCUCCCGCCGCCGCGGUGGCCGCCGGCAGAGCAGUGCAUUGUGGAGGCUGAGCGCGCCGCUGCGGCGGGACCUGCGGCCCCGGGAUCGCGCGCCGUGGAGCUGUCCGACGUGCUGACCGUCCCGACCCGCGGCCGGCGCGUACCCCGCGCGCCCACCUGCACCGGACCCCAAGACCUGGUCUGCCGCUCACCCUCCGUCUGUCCGUCCGUCUGCCUGUCUCUCCUUACCUUGGGGCGCAGCGGCUGGAGGAAAUCAUGGUGUUCGCUCCAGGUGAGAAACCUGGAAGUGAGCCUGAAGAGGCGAAGCUGCAGAUCGCCAGCAAACAGAUCGUGCAGAAUGCCAUCCUGCGGGCUGUGCAGCAGGUCUCCCGGGAGAUUCGGCAGGGGGAAGCCGGGGCUGGCGACACCCCCCGGGGCAGCUUCCGGCCGGGCGCGGGGGAAUUAACCAAGAAGCAUGAAAAGAAGUAACACGGUGGAUGGGGCUCUUGUCACACGCUUGGUUUCCAGCCUUUUUUUUAGCAUAGGAUGCGUUGCCAAAAAUGUUGCCAGUAAAGCAGACCAAAGUGUCAGCGACACCUAGCAGUAGGAUGAAUUCACACUAGGCCUUGGCCGAGAAGCACUGUUCUGCAAAAGUGCAUUAGAUGAUUCUGUUUAUAUUAAUGCAGUGCCUCUGAAACGUAGUCGGGCCAAACAUGACACUGUCAUGGCAAAAGUAGUUCUGCAGCACAAUUCAUUUCUAAAGUUCGUUUUUUUUUUUUUUUUUAAUGAUUCCCUAUGUUUAUUUACUUUGGCCUUGUAUGCAUUCUGUCUGUGACCUUAACCAGCAGUUCUUUCUGCUGAAACACCGAGAGCUGUACUGUGAUCUUUAUAAUAUUUAAACAAGAUGUGCUGGAAAGGUAAAGGAGUGGUGUUACAGUCCUCCUCAGAUAUGGAAUGGAAGGCUUUACUAAAGUGGGUUCAGGUCCAAGAUCAUAUUAAGCAAAGGCAAAUUCUAAGUCCCUCAGGAUCUUACCAAAGCAUGUAUUUAUAAUUGUUUUUUUAAAAAGGAGGAACCCAGCUUUUCCAGAACUCAGUCUCAGUUCUGUCAGUUGUUUGAUAGUUAAUGUUUCCUCUCUGUGCAGAAAUCCUUGGGAAAUAUUAUGGAUUUCUUUUUCCAUUUCAAGAUGAAAAUAAGACAGGUGAAUCUAAAUGCAUGAGUCGCUGAUGUCGGCAGCCCCUUGAAGAGAAACUGGAGUUGUAGAUUCCAUCUUGGAGAUAUCCUAGGGUCAGCUUAUGGGGUGCAGCGUCCUUGGAAGGAGCUCUGGGGACUUAUAAAUGCUGUGUUGCCAUCAGACUAGGUAGGCACUUGCACUAGUACCUUGCUAAUAGGAACUUUUCUUUUCCCAUCCACAAAUUAGAUUUUUUUUUUGAGAUUAUGAAAAUCAUACAUAUCAGGAAUGAAUGACACAUAAAAUGGGAAAAUCAUUUCCUCAA